UCGCGGCUGGACAGACCGACAUGUUCCCGGCUCUACCCGGAACCAUUAUGCAGACAGGGAACUACCAUUUUAACGCUAGCAGCAGCAGCAGCAGCAGCAUCGGAGGAGCCGCCGUCGUCUCCACAGAGGAGGAGGAGGAGGAGGAGGAGUGGUGCUGCUGCUGGAGGGGGGGGACACCUAAAUCUGACACGGGGCGGAAAACACAGAGGAGGAGAAAAGAGGGAAAAACACGACGGAAACAAAACAAAAGAAGCGGCUUUUUUUUUUUUUUUUUUCCUCUCUCGGUGAAGCGGAGCGUUGAGCCGGUGGAGCAGUGACACCAGAGGCGGAAAGACAAUGAACAUAUCGGGGGGAACUAGUUUUUGUUAGCGGGUGAAAAAAAAGCAGCCCGAUGGAGAACCAGAGGCCCUUCACGGUGUUUUUCCGUGGAUGAAGAAAAAGGCCCCGCUGACACACUGCGUGCUCGAUGUUUUCGCACUUUUACUCCCGUGUGUCUGAGCUUGUUCUUGUGUGUGCGCACCUAGCCGUCGUAUGCUACAAGUCUGUCGGCCUAAAGUUACCGGUUGUCCGCGGACCGUUUCACCCCCACGAACAGCUGCGUGGGAGCUUCAGACCUGUGGAUCAGCCGGUUCCAAUAACUCCAUGAGGGGACGGACGGGCAGUGAAGCAGCGGUUCAUGCUCCACUGAAGUAACGGACACAAAAAUAAAAUCAGCGUACGGUUAUGGAAGACUUUAAAGAAACACUACAGACUCUUUUUAAAUUUUUUUAGUAUGAUUUAGUUUUUUGCCUAUUUAUGAACCUUUUUUUAUAUAACAUCCCACAGAAGCACUUGAAGCAUCGGCUUCUGUUGGAUUAUAGGGGUUUGUUGGAUCUUUUGGGGUCCGCACUACCUCUGAAAAUCCCCUGACAAGGGGUCACCGCUGGUUCCAGCAAUCACAGGCUCGGUGCACGUGGCAGUUGUGGCCACGUGGCACUUUGCCCCCAGCUGUAUUGGAAGAUGUUCCAGUUCAGCAAGUACCCCAUGGACAUCUUAGAGAUGCUGAGUGGACACCAGGCCCACCAGUUCAAAGGCCUCGGGUUGGAUCGACAACUGAGCCACCAGCAGCAGGUCCAGCUGCAGCAUCAACAGCAGCUCCAGCAGCAGCACCAGCCCUCCGUCGAUGGCUCGGGGAGCCUCCUGUCCGGCCUCGGCCUCGGACCCCUCCAGAGCUCUCGGAGCAAUGCCUUCGCCGACUCGUCGUCGUUGUUCGCCAAGAUGAGCGCCCCUCCCCCAUCCAUCUCCCACCAGAGCCAGUCGUCCUCGUCUCACAGCUCCCGGAAGUCCAGCAAGAUGAGCAGCAGUAGCAGCGGGAGCUCGGGGUACCCCCAGUUCAUGCGGCCCUUUCACCCGGCCGAGGCUGCGCUGGCUCAGGAGCAGCUCCACUCGGGGAUGGGCCGGUUUGACUUUGGCGGGAGCAGCAGCGGUGGCGGCGCGGGGGUCAUCGGCGGGGUCGUCACGCCCGCACCCCCGCCUCCGCCGCUGCAUCCGGGUCUCUCUGUCCCCCAGCCCUCCCCCGGUCCCCCCUCUUCCUCACCCUCCCCCUCGUCGGCCUCCAACAACCCCUCCGGCAGCACUGCGGUCCCCUUAGUCGGCCAGUCGGAUCCCCGCAGCCUCCACCAGCAGUUCAGCUGCAUGCUCGCCGCCAACCAGUACUUCCUGUCAGGCGUCCCCACCAACAGCAGCCUCGAGCAGUUCCUCGUCCAGCAAGGCACUCACAACCACUUGGGCUUGGGUCUGGGCCAGGGGUCCGAGUCAAACUCGGCCCUGGCCCCUCCCCCGGCCCUCCACUCCUCGCACAGCCACAGCCACGCAGGUCCACCGCCUCAGCAGCAACAGCAGCAGCUCACCCCCCACGCCUUAUCUCAUCCACACAGCCACGCUCACCACCCGCACCCACUCCACCCAGCUCCCCAGCCCGCCCCGCUGGGUGGCUUUGAUUUCCAAGGCAUUCCGGUCCUUUCCUCGAACCAGAUCGCGUCACUAAUGCAGCAGGAGGCCGGCCUUCCCCUUCCACUGCCUUUACACCUGUCCCUCUCUAAGGACGACGCGAAGACGGGGGACAGCUCGUCGUCGUCCGCCUCGAGCGGAGGGAGCAGGAGAAAGAAAGCGAUGGCGGGCUACUUGCCGCAGAGGAAAUCGGAAAGCAGCAGUCAAAGCAGCAGCACUGUUGGUAACUGCCACAACAGCAGCUCGAGUGGGCACAGUCAGAGCUCCUCAUCGGGCCUCGUGGGAGGAGGAUCUGGGGGUGUCGGGAUAAGUGGCGAGCCGCCGCAUUCCUCGCUCCUCUCCUCGUCCUCGCAGCAGUCGUCCUCCACCGUCUCCUCCUCUUCGUCUGCCCCUCCCUCCUCCAACUCCACCUCUGUGCUUGUAGCCAACGGUAACCAACAGUUGUCCAAAUCCCAGGACAGCCACAGUAAUAGUUCGUCCGGCCAGCCCGAACCGGAACCCCUUUACCACUGUGGUGAAUGUGGCAAAACCUUCACCCACCUCUCCAGCCUUCGACGGCAUCUCCGCAGCCACGGCUUGACGCCAGAAAGCCAAAGCAGGAAGUCGGACUGUAACUCUCCCAGUCCAGAGAGGAUAUUUUGCUGUGGCGAGUGUGGGAAGAGAUUUAAAAAGAGGGGUCACCUCAUCCAACACAGCGUCACCCACUCGGAAAACCGGCCUUUUGUCUGCACCAUCUGCCAAAAGUCCUUCAACCGGCGAGAGUCUCUCACGAGACACGAGAAGAUUCACGACGAGAAGCCUUUCCGCUGCCCGGCUUGCGGGCGUUGCUUCCGCGAGAGCACCUCUCUUCUGAACCACGCCGCAUCAGGCGCCUGCGGCAAACCUCCCCGGAGUUCAAAAAAUCGGGCCAACAGCGGAGGGAGCGGCUCGUCCUCCAACCCGAGCAGCAGUAAAAUGGGAAGCAGCGGGGACAGAGUGGGAGUCCCAAACGAUGGGGCAGCAAUGACUAAUGACAAGUAUGCACCGGAUUAUUCCAGAAAUCGCUACCAGAGCCAGUCGUCCUACAACAGCGGGGUCGAUGACUACAGGCGAUCGCAAUCUUCGUCUCUGUACUCGUCUGAGAGUACGCUAGCCAGUGAAAUGAGCAGCCAGACUCUGCGUAAGGCCCCUUUAGCUCCAACUCUUCACCCCCACCCACAGAGCCAGCAGCAGCAACAACAGCAGCAGCAGCAGCAACACCACCAUCACCAUCACCACCACCAACCGCCGCCGCCACCACCGCAGCCACACCUCCCCCUCUCCUCCCUAUUGGAUGAUUCGGAGGACGAGGUCACCAGCAGCGCGAUGUCGGCCAUCGCCGCUGCCGCCGCAGCCUCCUGUGAUAUAAACUCAGAAGGCCGGGAAGGAGAGAGGAGGGAUAUCAUCGGAGGCCUGCUGGGGGGGUUGGGGUUUGGUAACAUGGGUGGACCGUCAUCCACGUCGGGCCUCAACGGGUCCACCAUGCCUUUGACCCACCCGAGCCAGCCCCACGCGAAGCCCAGGAGGCCGAGGAAGCCCCGAGAGAAGAGGGACCCGAGCAACCUUGUCAGGAGGCGGAGGAGCCCCGCGCCCCCAGGGGACGGGACGGAGAGGCCGUACAGCUGCCAGAUCUGUUGCAAGCGCUUCAGACGGGCGGAGACCCUGCGGCGCCACAACCGCGUCCACACGGGGGAGAAGCCUCACGCCUGCGACGUGUGCGGCAAAAUGUUCCGCGAGCCUUUCCACCUCACCAAGCAUCUGACCGUGCACUCGGGUCAGAAGAACUACAAAUGCAAUCUAUGCGGUAAGAUGUUUGCCUACGCACAGAGCCUGGUGAGACACGGAAAGCUGCACAGAAAAGGUGAGAUUGACAGCCAGGGGAGGAGAGUUAAAGGUGCUGCUGCUGCCGCCGCUGCUGCCGCCAUCAGCCAAGUGGCCACCUCGGGAAACCCUGACUACUUCUCAACCUGCUCCCAAGGAGAAAAGUCUCCGACGUCCGGCACCCCCUCUCAGAGGCUUUAUACCUGCACCGUGUGCUGGAAGUCAUUCCGGCACUAUUUCCACCUCACGGCACACCAGCAGACGAUCCACGGUGGCGGGGUCGGCCUGGAGAAGUCCUUUCGCUGCGACGUGUGCGGUAAAGCCUUCGCCUACUCCAACAGCUUGGUGCGCCACAAGCUGUCUCAGCACGGCAUCGACCGCAGCGGCCAGCGCGUCAACCAGCCCCAACCCACCGGGUACUCGCCACUCUUCUAUGAUUCUGGAUCAGGCUCCAACUACGCCGGGUCAUCUCAUAUGCAGCAAGGGAACUCUGGGCCGCAGCAGCAUCAACAACAGCAACCGCAGCAACAACAACAACCGCAACAACAACCGCAUCAGCAGCUGCAGCACCCUUUUCACUACCGCUCAAAAAACUACCAAAAGCGGCAUGGACAAACAAGAAAGCAAAGGAAAAAAAAAAGGCGCGUGCUGAUCCACAGCAUCAUGAGAGACGGAAAGCUGGUGGGUGUCCCCCUGAGUAAAGACACCCGCAAGAAGCUGCUGGUCCUGAGGAAGAGGAGGGGCCGACUGCAGGCACAGCUCAAGAAAAAGAAGAUCCUGGCCCAGCUGAGGGUGAAGGGCGGCCUGAUGAGGGUCAAGUGGUGGAGCGGCGGCGCCGUCAGAGUCACGGGGCUCACCUCGAUGGACGUCCCCAUCAAGCGCUUCCCCUGCCCCAUCUGCCCCAGCGCCACGUACGCCAAGCAGGGCUCCCUGCUGAUCCACCACGCCGUCCGGCACCCGCCGAGGAGCUCGGGCCGCCACGCCCGUCUGCGCUGCCAGGUGUGCGGGAGGCGCACCAGCUCGUUACACAAAGCCUUGAAACACAGGGGCCAGCACCUCAAACAAGCUGCGUUCCAAUGCCGCCGGUGCCGACACCGCUUCUGGAACCCCGGGCUCCUGGACCGCCACAAGUUCUGCUGCCGGGGGGUGACCGCCGCGGGGAGCUGGGCGCUGAUGAAGACGAAAUCCCCCCCCGCCACUCGACCAGGCGGAAAGUGACAAUUCACCAGUCCAGCUAGCAGUCCCGGUUCUGGUCCAGCCGGAGAGAUCAACAGUUCUGACUGAGUACAGUCAGUAGAAACAACAAAAAAACAACAACAAAAAAAACUGUUUUCUAGACUAGAUUGUUUUGAUGUUUUAUUUUUUUUAAAUAAUCCAAGAAGCGAGCAAGAAGUUUUUAACAGAACAAGGAGGGAGGACGGAGGGUUUAGUGUAACUACGUAACACCCCCACACAUCUGUAUCCUUAACUUACUGCAGCAAACGGUCGUCGAUUCAUUAGAGCGGACUUCAAAAGGCCAGAAAUCACAACCACCCUCAUCUGUGUCCGUUUUUCCUGAGGUGGAGGAACUUCUAUUUUUCCCCAUUAGCAGUGUUAAUUAUGGAUUUGGAAGGUGGCCGUAGUUGUGAGGUACCUUUUCAGUACCGGUGUAUUGUUUCCACAUUAUUCACAGUUAAACCGUGUAGUCCGUGUCUCUUGCUCUGUAUGUGUUUAUUUGUUACCCCGGUGGAGAAUCUCUCACUUUUUAUUUUUCAUACCGAGAUGCCCUCGAGAUAAAUAGAUCUUUUUAAGAGAAACCUAGAAAUCCUCAUGAAGAGUAAAAGGUGUAAUCUGUCAAUCAGAAGGAGGAACAGUGUUGACCUUGUUUUUAAUGUACACUACUUUUGUCAUUUUUUUAACGAGGCGUGGACGGAGGAAACAAACACGACUCAAACUGUUAAUGUGUUGAGGAUUUGAAAAAGGACAACAGAAAUAACCGGAGUGUACUGUACAAUUGGUAUUAUAUUUUAUUAUAUAUUGAUUAUUUGCUGUUUUUUACUCCAGGUAUCAUUUCUUUUAUCAUCGUUGGUAUUGUGUGGGUGGGAGGUGACGAGUUGGGGGACUAUCUUUGUAAAACGGCGGGACGAGUAUAUGUAUCGAUGUGAUAUUGUUUCCCUUUUAUCUGCUCCCUCAUUGCCACAGUUAUGCCCAAUUUCUGUAACAUAAGUGUGUACACAUAGUUCAUUACUUAGGUCCUGUCCAGACGUGUUCUUUCUUUUCCUCCCUGUAAAACUAAAACAUGUAAUAUUAUUACUAAAUUACUAUCCUUUUCUUUGCCUAAAAGUGAGUUGUUGAAAACCCUCAAAUCAAAUAAAAAAAAAAAAAAAAAUAAAUAAAUAAAAAAUCUGAAAUGCU